AUGAGCGUCACCUCAGAGCAAAUCACACCAUAACCACCUGAAGAGAAUUAAGAAGAAUAAAAAAGAUCAGAAAAUUCUAAUACUUUGUAAUCAAAUUAAACAGAAGAACCAUAAUAUUUUUAUAAAUUAAUACUAACACAAUUAAUAGUCAUUUUAAUUUCAACAAUGCUAUUUACUAAAAGGUGGUUCUACAUUUAGUACCCUAAUCCAAGAUGCAGUAUGACUUUUGAUACUUAUUGUCGUGGAUAUGGAAGAUGUUCGGAUAAUUAAACCUACUCAAGCCAAGCCUAUUAUCGAGAAGACCUUGAGAAAUAUUAAGAUUGGCAGCUUCGUUGUACUCGAGAAGUCCAAAAUCCUUCAUGUUUAUUUUACUUUUCUCUCAUCUUAUUCCCUUCAUUGUUGAUUUUAUAAUCAGUAUUUAGAAAUUACUAACUAUUUGUAAGAUAUUAGAUUUAUCAUUUUAGAAAAAAAGAUAGAAACUUUUUCACUAUUUGCAAUAUCCAUUAAUGAGUCUCUUUGUCCAAGUUUGUACGCACAUAAUCCAUUAUACUAGAUGUAUUAUCAUUUUAAAUAUUCUUAGAUAGCGAGUUUUUUUAUCAUUUCAGAAUAUUACUGAUAUUUAUGAUUGGAAAUGUUUCAUUUUUUUAUCUCAAUCAAAAAUACUUUAAAUGGUAACUUGAGAUUAAAUCUACAACCUAAAAGCUGGUUAAUUACAUCUUUAUUUUGAUAUUUCUAAAAGGAAUGCUUGAUUUUAUCAGCUUGAAUAAAUCCAAUUGGAUACCUCAUUUAUUAGUAAUACUUUAUACUUUUUUAUAUUUAUUGCAUCUUAAUACUUAUUUAUUCAAAGUAAAAAGAUUUAUUUAACAUUAGUAAAACAAUACAGUAGUGUUUCAUAAUUAAUCACUUCUGUGUUUCACUAUAUGCAAACUAAAAUCCCUGUUUGUUAUUUAGGAUGUUUAUUAAAAUCUAGCCGAGACUCAUUUUGUAAUCCCAAGAAAGCUGAUGGAGACGGGAUUUGUUGGAAUAAUUGCUGCCUUAUUUUUAAGAGAUUACAUUUUUAGUCUUGGAACUCUGUUUAUUCUAGGAGGAUUCUUAAUGUUCUUAGUAUGGGAUACCUCGCUUGUGUCUACAGUAAUUAUUCUUUUAUAUUCUAAGUCAUCGAAGCUCACUUUAAAAGAUUAAUAUUAAGCAGCUAGUUUGUUCUUUUUAGAUAUUCUAAUGCCAAUCAGAAAUAUUUUCCUAGUACUUCUUGCUUGA